AUGUUAUAUGAUAUGUGGUCAUCACAAAGUACUACAGAUUAUACUUCAAAUGAACGUUCAGCUCAUUCAGUUUCACAACCAAUUAAUAUGCCGAAUCGAGCAUCGGAUAUAACAUCAGGUUAUACUGAUUCACAUAGUGCUGUUUUUUCACCAAAAUCAACCGAUCCAGCAAAUCUCGGUGUUAAUAUGUGUAUUAAUAUAUUAGAAGGUGAUAAUUCACCACGUGUUAAAGAUAAUACAAUUAAAGAUGUUUCACAACGUUUACAAAAUAUGAAAAUUUACACUGACAGUGAUAAUGAUAAAAAACCAAUUGAUAACAUAAAUGAUUGUAAAUCUGAUGAAACAGUUGGUGAUAAUGUAUUAAAAAGUUCAAGUCAUAAACAAUCACCACGUUCAUCACCUGGUCAUAUUAAUACUAAUUUAACAAAUAGUAAUACAAUUGAAAAUCUUUCAUCAACAAAUACAAUUGUUUCUAAUGAUGAUACAAAUGAUAGUGGUAUAUCAACACAUGCUAUUAUAAAUGGUAUACCAACAGCAUCUCUACCAAUACCAUUUCAAGCAAUGCAAACCGAUAAUCAUCAACAACAAAUGUUACUUUAUCAACAACAACAACAACAAGAAGCUUAUCAAGCACAAUAUCCAAGACUUCAACAACAACAAACAGCUCAUUAUGAAAUUGAUCCACGUACAACAAAUUUUCAACAAUUUGAUUAUACAUUAAUUCAACCACAUUCAUUUGAAAGUCAAUCAAUAAUUUCUGCUUUCAAUCCUCAAGCAUCAGGUACAACACAACAAGAUCCUCAAUUAGCUAAUUUAGCUCAAACACCACUUAUGUCAUGGCUUUCAACAGCUGUUGCUGCACAACAAACAUCAGCAAAUCCUCAAGCAUCCUAUUUACCAUCAUCAAAUCAAUAUAUAAUUAAUAGUAAUCAAGAUAAUUAUUUACAAUCAUUAGCUAAUUUUCAUCAAACAUCAGCAACACAUCCAUCAUUUCAACCACAAUAUUGGUCAGCUGUACCAACGGCUGUUAUGUUUCCAGCACCACCACAAACAAUUUUAACACAACAACAAACAUUAAAUAAUGAACAACAAUCACCACAAUCAAAAACAAAUAAUAAUAAUAAUAAUAAUCGACCAUUAACACCACCAAAUUCAACAGAUUUAUUAACAACAUCACAAUCAAAUCAACAACAAGCACAAUAUAUUAAUAUGACACGUGCUGCACAAACACCAGUUAAUUUUCCAUUUUUUGCGGCUGCAUCACCAACAUUUCUUGAUCCUAAUUUAAUGAUGCAAACUUCAAGACAACCAGCUGGUUCACCUGGACUUCGUAUGUAUCCACAACAAGUACCAAUACCAAUUAAUACAAAUAAUCAAAGUGGUCUCUAUGGUAGUCCAGUUGCAAGUUCACUUUCAAGUUCAUUCAAUGAUGUUUAUACAGUACCUACACAAAGACGUGAUGGUCCAAUGACUGAUUUUUCACGUUUUCCUGGUGAUCCUCGUUUAUCUAAACAAGGUCAACAACAACAACAAACACCAUUAUUUCAUGGUCAAAUAAGUGGUUUACCUCCAUCACCUGCCUACAACAGUUUAAUUACAUCAAUGACACCACCACCAUCAUCAAAUACAGCAGCAUUUGAUGGAUUAUUUAAUACAAGAUUUUUUCCAUCACAAGGACAACAAACAAGUGGUUCACAACAACAAAUUCUUAAUGGUAAUGAUAUUUAUGUUGGACGUCGUAGUGUUGGUAGUAUAAGUGGAACAAUGCCUAGUUUUUAUCCUCCAAAUGUUUUUGGUAAUAAUGGAAAUAAUACAAAUAAUGGUUUAAAUGGUAAUGGUUCAGGUCGUGAUUCAAAUAUGAUGCGUAGUAAAUUAUUAGAUGAUUUUCGUAAUAGUCGUAUGCCAAAUUUACAAUUACGUGAUGUUAUUGGUCAUUUUGCUGAAUUUUCAAUGGAUCAACAUGGUUCAAGAUUUAUUCAACAAAAACUUGAACGUGCAACAAAUGCUGAAAAAGAUUUAGUUUUUAAAGAAAUUCUUCCUAAUGCAUCACAACUUAUGACUGAUGUUUUUGGAAAUUAUGUUAUUCAAAAAUUUUUUGAAUUUGGUACAACUGAACAUAAAGCAUAUUUAGCACAACGUAUACGUGGUAAUGUUUUAUCACUUGCUUUACAAAUGUAUGGUUGUCGUGUUAUACAAAAAGCUGUUGAAACAUUACCUAUUGAAUAUCAAAUGCCAAUAGCACAUGAAUUAGAUGGUAAUGUUAUUAAAUGUAUUGAAGAUCAAAAUGGUAAUCAUGUUAUACAAAAAUGUAUUGAAUGUUGUACAAGUGAAUGUAUUGAAUUUAUUAUACGUGAUGUAACAAGACAAGUAUAUACACUUUCAACACAUCCAUAUGGUUGUCGAGUUAUACAACGUAUACUUGAAAAUUGUAAAGAAAUACAAACACGACCAAUACUUGAUAUAUUACAUAAUGAAUUAGAAAAUCUUGUUCAAGAUCAAUAUGGAAAUUAUGUUAUUCAACAUGUAUUAGAACAUGGAAAAGUUGAAGAUCGUAGUAGAAUAAUAAGUGCAAUUAGUGGUCGUGUACUUCAAUUAUCACAACAUAAAUUUGCAAGUAAUGUUGUAGAAAAAUGUGUUACCUAUGCAACAAGAGAUGAAAAAAGACAAUUGAUUGAUGAAGUUGUUUCAUUUGGUGAUGGACCUAACAGUGCUUUAUUAACAAUGAUGAAAGAUCAAUUUGCUAAUUAUGUUGUACAAAAAAUGAUUGAUGUAGCUGAACCUACUCAACGAAAAGUUUUAUUACAAAAAGUUCGUCCACAUAUACAAUCACUUCGUAAAUUUACAUAUGGUAAACAUAUAAUAACAAAACUUGAAAAAUAUUUAAGUAAAAAUUCCGAUAUGGGUCCAUUAUUAACAUCAUCAACAUCAAAUACAAAUGGUUUAUCACAUUAUGACAAUUAA